AUGUUAGCCCCGCCUCGUCGGCCUGCCAUGCCGACCACCAUCUCUAUGCCUUCUCUUCCCUCCAAGCCACAACAUCGACCUCAGCCCCUCCAGAGGAGAUCGACCCUUAAACGCUCCAUAGAUGAAACGAGCUUCAUGGAUGCCCCCUCGAGUCCUUCCAAGAGAUCCCGCGUCACCUUUGAUUCUGACGUCGAAAUAGUCUCGGCUGAUGAGGAGGAAGAUUUGGAUCCUUUGGUUGUGAAAGAACAAGUCCGCAGAGCCAUCGAGAGACAUCGGCUCAGAGAAGACGAAUCAUACGAAAGAAUCAAAUCCCUCUUCACCACUCCGUAUGAGAAGGCAGGUGCCCCCUCGACCAAAGUCCUCAAAGUCCAUCUGCAAGCCUUACUCUCCAAUGUUACCGCACUCAACAAAGAUUGCAGUGGCCUUGUCAGCGCAGUUUUGUCCAGCGAGUGGAUUGGCCGAGAUGAGGCCUACUACGCUCUCUUUGUCAGAUUCCUGAACAAUCUGGCUGCUGCUCAACGGGGUUACCAGCACAAAAUGAUGGGCGUGCUGGUGGAUUUACUUGGUCCCCAGAAGACAAGAAGAAUAGCCAGCGCCAAACCAGUCAGACAACCCACGAUUCAUCGAAGAGUGAUGCAGGCCAUACAAUACAUCACUAGCAAUGUCCCGUCCCUUCCUGCAGCAUUGGCCGAUAGGAUGUCUACGAAGCUUGAAUUCGAUUUCCAGAAGGCCGAAGAACGCAUGACUUAUACUCGGAACUUUAUGGACAUGAUUAAAUAUGUCCCAGAACUGACAUCCGAGAUCCUGACCAGUGUUCUCAAAGAGCUGAUCAAGCUCGACGUGUCUGUACAGGUUGACCUUGAUGAGGACGAUGACGCCGAGGAUGAUAUUCUAAACCACAUGUCAUCUUCACAGACUCUUGUCGCAUCUCAGUCGCAAGAUAUGCUGAAAAGUCCCCUGGAUUCCGAAAAUGACGAUGCCGUCACUACAGACGACGAUUCAGAUAUGGAAGAUGAUGACGAUGAUCCAGCAACCGCCCGCCGCCGAAAGCUGAAGGAAGACAUCAGACAAGUCGACCUAAUCAUGGAUGUCUUGUUUCAAUACUACGCAAAACUCACCACCUCCAACAACAUCACUACUCGAGACACAGCUAUCGAACAACUGAUUUCUCAAUUCCAUUCACAUAUCCUCCCCACAUAUCGCGCUCGCCAUCCCCAGUUUCUCGUCUUCCACUUCGCCCAAUCCGAUCCCAUCAUCGUCGAUCGCUUUGUUACGAGCUGCGUCGCCGUACUGGUCGACAAAAAACAACCUCACAUCCUCCGCCACAGUGCCGCCGCCUAUUUCAGUGGUUUCGUUGGUCGCGGAGCUCACGUCUCACCACAAGUGGUUCAAGAUUGCCUCGAAUUGCUUUGUGACCACCUCACCACCCUCCGCAAGGCUUAUGAACCAACUUGUCGCGGACCCGACUUGAAACGAUUUGGCGAUUUCUAUGCUGCAUUCCAGGCCAUUCUCUACAUCUUCUGCUUCCGGUGGCGAGACAUCGCAUCUACAUCGGCUGAUCUCGAAUCUGACUCUGAGUUCGACAUUGACGAGGAAGAAGUCGAGACCUACCAUUUCCCCGAAUCGCUACGGGAUUCACUCCGCACAGCAAUUUACUCUCCACUGAACCCCCUCCGGGUCUGCACCCCUGUGAUUGUCGAACAAUUCGCCAAGCUCACCUACGACCUCCAGUUGUUCUACCUCUACCCGAAACUAGAGGAGAAUAAACAUGUCCGCGUUGUGACAACUCACGCAAGAAACAUGUCGGAUCUCAUGAUCAGUAAUCCCGAUCGGGAUUUAAGCUGGGUUGGCGAUAACGGCAUACUUGAAGGCUACUUCCCAUACGAUCCGUAUGUUCUGCCCAUCAGUCGACACUGGAUCGAGGGUGAUUAUGUCACUUGGAGAGGCCUUCAAGGAGACGAGCAAGACGAAGAGAGCGAUAGUGAAGCAGAGGUAAUGGACGAUGAUGACGAUGAUGACGACAAUAAUGACAACGAAGAUUCAGCUGAUGAGGAGGCAGAGGAAGAUGAACAUGUGGAGCAGUAA